AUCAGCAUGAAUUCAAAGGGAUUUGUUUUAAAGACGGACAGAGCAAAAAUCACAGUAGUUGUCGAAAAUUCUCAGUGAUGUAGUCAUGCUUUCCACUGAAAGACACUAUUACAAUUUAAACAGAUUGCAUGUGAGGAGAAAACUGAAAUAGACCCAUUGUUGAGGCACAUAACAGUUUAAGCUGAUAAGGAUAUACAAUACAUGGGGACAAUGAACGCUCUGUCGGGCAAAAUAGAGGAAAAAUAGUAUUUAACAUAUGCCAGCCCAAUUAUCCUGUCUCAUCCAACAGUAUUUAACCUGAUCAGCGUUAUCAAGCAGCGUGGCUGGAAAGACGAAUGAAUUCAAGAAUGCAUCAAAAUGUCAGUGACGCCUGUAAAGGUCAAAGUGUAAUCGCAAGACAGAAAUGUCUUAUUGUGUUGAAUCUGGGACCUCCUGACUAGAUCAAGUAACAUCCUCUUUUAACGGUGAAAAUAUGGGCAUGGCUUCCUUACAAAUGUACUGACAACUGUGGAAUGAGUCAAGUUUAAAAUAAUUGGCGUCCUCAUCAGGAGAUGAGUCAGUGGACUUGGCCUGUUCCUGUCCAACGCGACGUUUCCAUGUAGUCAGGGGUUUGCUGCGUUCACGUGCUCCUCACGUGUCUCAAAAUCUUGACGUCGUAAAUAAAUAUAUAUACAAAAAAAAUGUAUUAUGAUAUUGUGUUUUCUGCUGUAUUUUACUAAUCUGAGAAAAGUUUUUUUUUCCUGUCUACAACUCACAGCUUUUUUUCUUUCCCCUCACCCUCUCGUCGUAUGGAUACCGGGAUAUCUUCAAUUUCUCUGACGCUUUCUCGCGGUACGUGAAAGCACCAUGUGACGGUAUGAAGGGGACUCCUCUCUCUUCUCUCCAGUCACAACCCGCCUGUACCCAUGAAAACACCGGACUUAACGGUUCGGGCUCCUCUCCACGAUACGCUGAAUUGUAAAGAAAACAAGGCUUUCAACACUUCGACGGCAAGGGGCGCAGUGUGCGUGGAAACGACAAGCUAAUGAGCUGAAGAGAGACCCUGCGGUCCACCGAUAACCUGUCGCCUCUGCUGCCAUCUUUCUCUUCAUCACUUCGAGAGGAGGCUGCGCUGCCUCUGGGAGCAAGACACACCAUGCGCCAAAACUGGAGAGGACUUACCCCUGCCCCGUAGACAACCGAGCGUUUUGUGAACCUUGCCCUCUGGUCUGAGGACCUCCCCAAUCCUCCACGUUGCCCACUGGCCAAGAUGGAGAAGGUGGCGGCGUGGUCAGUGGAGGACGUCUCUAACUGGCUGAGCAAAGAGGGCAUGCCGGAGUACAUAGACGCCCUCCAUCAGGUGGACGGUCCCGCUCUGCUCGGGCUCACGAAGGCACAUUUCCAGAAGCCUCCUCUAUCGCUCGUGUCGUCCGACGGCGGACAGCAGCUGUUGGAGCGCCUGGAGACGCUGCGGAUAGAAACCCACAUCGAGGACCACAAAAACGGCCACGCCAACGGGCACAUCGUCAGGCUGCCGAACGGAACCAGCAAGCCCCUGAGGAACGGCACGCUGGGGAUGACGGACUUCAGAAAGGACAUGGUCCACAUCCCCAUCCCCACGGGGGAAGCCACGCGCUCCUCCUUCCCCGCCGAGUGGGGGAAGACGGGCAUAGCGUUCAUCUACGCGGUGGUGUGCUUCGUCACCACCACCGUUGUCAUUUCAGUGGUCCACGAGAGAGUACCGCCAAAGGAGCACACUCCGCCGCUGCCCGACAAGUUCUUCGACCUGUUUGACAGGGUGGAGUGGGCCUUCUCCAUCUGCGAGAUUAACGGCAUGCUGCUGGUGGGAGUCUGGCUGAUACAGUGGAUCCUGCUCAAGUACAGGUCAAUUAUAGGCAGGCGAUUCUUUUUCAUUGUCGGCACACUCUAUCUGUACCGCUGCAUAACAAUGUACAUCACUACUUUGCCUGUUCCCGGGAUGCACUUUCAAUGCUCUCCAAAGCUUCUCGGGAACUGGGAAGCACAGAUGAGGAGAGUCAUGAAAAUGAUUGCGGGCGGGGGCCUAUCCAUCACAGGUUCCCACACCAUGUGUGGAGAUUAUCUGUACAGCGGCCACACCGUCAUGUUGACACUAACGUACCUCUUCAUCAAAGAGUACUCUCCCAGAAGGUUCUGGUGGUAUCACUGGGUUUGCUGGAUUUUGAGUGCAGUGGGAAUUUUCUGCAUCCUUCUGGCCCAUGACCACUACACUGUAGAUGUGGUUGUGGCUUACUUCAUCACUACACGUCUCUUCUGGUGGUAUCACACUAUGGCCAACCAGCAGUCGCUGAAGGAGACGUCACAGAGUAACCCGUUCUCGCGGGUGUGGUGGUAUAGACUGUUCCAAUACUUUGAAGAGAACGUGAACGGCACGGUCCCUCGAAACUAUCAGCUGCCGUUGUCAUGGCGAGCGUUGCAGUGGUGCCGCGGCGUGAAGUACAGCCGGCUGGACAUGCAGUGACCUCCGUCACGUUAAAAAGCAGGCGAGGACCGUGACUUCCACAAGUGCUGUUUUUAAUCCAAGGAAGACGGCACUGUUCAAUGUAGCGCUGUCUCUUCACCUCCAGUAACAGACACAUCCCUGUCCAAAUGGGUAACACUGUGACCCACCAAGUAUUUGUUUUUGUUUUUUUUUAUGUUUUUCUCUCUUGUCCUCUUCUUCUGGUACUAUUUGUUAACAGAGCACUAAUUUAUUUCUGUUGGUUCUUUAUGGGCCAUAUAUACGUUUCUGCUUUUGUAACAGAUGUAUGAAGCAUUUCAACAAACUUUUCGAGCUUUUUUAAGUCAAAAGGACUUUUUCCCUCGCAGCACAAAACAAAACCGUAGUUAAAGUCUCCAUGUUGUAAGAUUUUUAGUGCAAAUAGAUUAAUCAGAUGUUUUUUUUUUUUGUUUGUUUUUUUGAGAACCAAAAUGCCAUAAGCAUUUCUUUUUUUUGUUUUUUAUAGCAACUUACGUUUUGUAAACUGUCCUUGCUAAAAUGAGUCAAAGGUGCAAAAAAAAAAAAGUACUUUUUCUAAAUAUUUCAAACUUUAUUUUUCAAAAGCAAAUGAUGUCCAACAGAAGAUCUUUAGAUUUUUAUCUUUUUCAAGAUGGAUAACUGAGAGCAUAAGAAUCUAAUGUGGUAUAAACAUUAUUCCAGUGCCUUUCUUAGCUUGAUUGUAAAAUGGUUAAGUACUACAUGUGUUGUGUGUCUCCGGCGCGGUGCCGGCUCGUGCCGCGGCGGGGCCACGUCCUCGUUCCCAUGAAUGUAUACGACAACUAACGCCAGCCUUACCAGGAGAUUGGUCUUCCCAAAAUUAAGUGCAGUGAGUGAAAUGUCCCGUUUGUUUAUCGACGCUUUACGAUGUCAGCUUGUGCUUGGCUGGUUAACGCUGUUCUGACAAAAGAAAACGACUGUUAAUUGUAUUUUUAUGUCUCGAACAUUUCAUUAUUAUUAAUAUUAUUAUUAUUAUUAUUGUUGUUUUUUUACCAGUCAGUCUUUAACCAAUACCAGCCGUGUUCGAAGCCUGGUGCACCGCAGCGUCUGCUAGUUUUACUUCCACCACAACAUCAUCUGCAAACAUCACUGCCUAAUUGGACUUUGGAUGAGAGAUGUCUCCAAUUUGUGAAACUAUUCAGGACUUGGACAUGUCUUGUGCAUCACUGCAGCAUCUCUAGCUCAGGGGACAACGAGCCCCUUUCUUGUUCCCCCACAGUUAAAAAUCCCAAUCAGCCUCAUCACUUGUCUUGUAGCCCUGUUGGUGAGGAGAUGUUGGAGGGAAACAGUCGUCGGGACGAACUUGGCAAAUAUCAAGAGUUGAGAAAACAGAAUCUUUGGGCAAAGUUUCUGAACACGUCAGUAACAAACUUUUUAAAUACUUUAAUAAUCAAGCUGCUACAAGUUUGAAGAUGGUGUAUCUUCUGCAUCAUUCAGUGCGAAGCCAAAACAAUCAUCUUUGUAGCAGCAGCAGCAAAUGCUCCAUGUGGAAUUUAAGAGGCUGAAGUGUGAUGCACAGAGCUGGUGAUAUAUUUGGCCAUAAGUGUGCAAAUUUCCAUGAAUGUGAAAACGCGUCCGUAUUGAUCCUAAUAUUAUUAUUAUUAUUUUUUUUUUUUUGCUGUUUUAUUUGUGUAACUAUGACUGAACUGUAAAGAGUAUUAAACAAGAUCAUGUAUAGGGAAAGAUCUUAGUAGUCAUUAUGUGAAAUGUUAAUUUCAAAUUAAAUGGUAGCGGCGACAACGUAAAAACUGCACUAAUCUUUAGCUCAUACAGAGUCCAAAUAAAAUGAUGAAGUGAUUGAAAGUCAAAGGGUGAGGAGGUGGGAAUUACUCUCAGAAGGACUUUGCCAACAGGAGUCGUUGUUGGCAAAUGUUUGAGAGACACUUCGGUACAAGGUCUGUAUCAAACCAUUUCACUUCUAUGAAGAACGGUUUCUCGGUUUUCAAGAGCACAGCGGGUUCUUCUUCACACAUGGCCAUAUUUUUCAUUUGAGAUAAUACUUUGUCCAAACAUGUCUCUCUGAUAUUUCUUCGGUAAGGGUGAAGAAAUGAAUCAAAGGAUGAAGGGACGUCCUCUAGUUUGCCAAUCAGGUGUUUUAUUUUUUUUUUUGUUGUUGUUGUUAUUUUUGUUUGUUUUUGUCUCUAAGACAUGAAAGUUAUAUGUUUCUCUGUAAACUCACCCACUUUGUUCCUUUUUGUGCGUAUAUCAGAUGUUUGUAAGAUAUGAUAAAGGAUUCUACUUGGGAUGUUUUUGAAUAAAACCUUUUACUAUAAUGUA